AUGGCUGGAGAACUUGUUCUACUUACUGGUGGCACCGGCUUCCUAGGGUAUGUGAUCCUUGCGGAUCUGUUGAAGAGUGGUUAUCGAGUUCGCGUCGCGGCUCGAUCGCAAGCCAAGAUCGAUAAGAUCCGGGCAGCUCCCUCUGUCUCUGCCUUGGACCCUCCCGUAACCCAGCUCACGUUCGUGAUCGUGCCGGAUAUGACGACCCCCGGCGCAUACGAUGAUGCGGUAUGCGGAGUUGACUUCAUUAUCCACGCAGCCGCGCCGCUUCACUCGGGUUCGGCACCGCCCAAAGAGCAAUUAGAGGAGCUCUUCGUCGCAAGUUCAGUGAAAGGUAGUCUAGGCAUUCUCAAAUCUGCGAGCGAGAAGGCCAAGACGGUAAGACGCGUCGUCAUGACAAGCUCCACGGUGGCCAUCGCCCCCGCAGACAUCUACAUUAAAGGCACCAUCGAAGACGACGUCAUUCGCGGGCCCGAUAGCCGCAUGGCCGUACCAGCGCCGCCGUACGACUCCGAGCUCCGGGCGUAUUGCGCAGGUAAGACGGCGGCUCUCGAGGCGUCCGAGGCAUUCGUCAGAGACAACGCCGUAAACUUCGACCUAAUCUCCAUCCUCCCGUCCUGGAUAUUAGGGAGAGACGAGCUCGCCGUCAACACCGGAGAUUUCCGAGCAGGGUCGAACGGCAUGAUGAUCGGGUGGCUGUUGACCGGUAACCAGAGCUUUAGCGCCGUCGGAAACGCUGUCCUCUGCGCGGACGUGGCUCGCACGCAUGUCAGAUCACUGGAUCGGGAUAUUGAGGGAAACCAAUCGUUCCUCCUCAACACCGAGGUAAAAUGGGAAGACACCGUCAACAUCGCCAAAAAGCAUUUUCCUGAUGCAUUCACGUCGGGCCUCUUUCAAGAGGGAGUAUGGCAACCCACUCUACCCUUAAGAUGGGAUAUAAGUGCAAGACAUUCUUGGGAUUAA